CGCAUCGUUAAAAGGCAAGGAUCUCGUGACCUGGACGGAUCUGCAAAUCUUGACUCUUUAUCGCCCCACGUGGAAAACUCCCCCUGGACUCAUCCAGGAGUUCUUCUGUUGGGAUCAACAGUUUUAUAUCGUCGGGUUGGCUCUGUCCGUGUACGAUAUCUGAUAUUCCAGUUAUCAAAUAGUGAAUGUCUGGUGGAAUACAGACUCCCUACAGUACUACAGAUUACAGAACAGCAGGCUUCGUUCAAAGACAGUUAUAUAACACCACCACCGGUAUCGACUUUCUAUAUGUAUCUUAUCUCUUUAACCUGACUCAUGGUCCGUCCAGGCGCGUUGAGGACAGCCGUGUUGGCCACAGGGGCAGUUUCGCUCGUCUGUUUCGUCUACCUCUACUGGACGCCGCCGUCGACCAUUUCGACCGUGCCCACCGAGGCCUUUGAAGUGCCGCUGGCCGAGCGCCAGAGCGUCCUCUGGGAGGCUCUGUACCCCCUUCUUCAGGAGAACAGCCCUCAAUGCCCGCCCCCGGAGCGACAGGGCGAUGCCGGGGCCGUUCAUUACGACGCGGUGACGGACUCGCCGCGGCCGGAUCAUAUCGCUCUCCAGGCGAGUGACCUUGCAAAGAUGCGAACAGCACAUCAGAACUUUGUCCGUGCCAUCAACGAUUCGACGACGAUGACGAAGACAGCCUUGUCGAGCCCCCAUACGCCCGGAACCAGAGGAAUCGUCUCCACGGCAGGAGGAUCGUAUCUGCCCGUGUUUCUGGCUUCGCUGCGCAUGCUGCGGCGCUCCGGCUCCACCCUCCCCGUGGAAGUGUACAUGAAAGACUCGUCCGAGUACGAGGCGUCGAUCUGCGAGGAGGUGCUGCCGGGAUUAGACGCGCGCUGUCUCGUGCUGGCGGACGUGGUGGGCCGCAGCGCGAAGAUCGAGCACUACCAGCUCAAGAUCUUUGCCGUGCUGUUCUCUUCUUUUGAAGAGGUCGUCUGGAUGGACGCCGACUGUUUCCCGCUCUACACCCCGGAGACCUUACUGGAAUCCGAGCCCUUCCUCUCGACGGGACUCGUGACGUUUCCGGAUUUCUGGGCGUCGACCGCCUCGCCGCUCUAUUUCCGCAUCUCAGACCAGCCAGACCCGCCGAUGACGCUUCGCCAGGCCUCGGAAACGGGGGCGUUCCUCGUCUCGAAGAAGUCCCAUUUCACCACCCUCCUCCUGGCAGCUUACUACAACUAUUACGGGCCAACGCAUUACUUCCGCCUGCUCUCGCAGGGCGCCCCCGGCGAAGGCGACAAGGAAACCUUCAUCAACGCCGCCUCGGCCCUCUCCCAGCCCUUUUACACAGUCAGCGAGCGCGUCCAGGCCAUCGGCCACGCCAAACCGGACGGCUCCCUCUCCGGUUCCGCCAUGAUGCAGUCCGACCCGCAACAGGACUACGCGCGCACCAGCCAGGAUCUAUGGCGCGUGAAAAAUGAAUCCGUCACGGAUGCCCCGCGCGCCUUCUUCAUCCAUGCCCACUACCCUAAAUUCAACCCGGCGGAAAACGUCUUCGGCUAUAAAUGGGAGACUACCCCGACGCUCAACUCGGAUGGUUCGCUGACUCGGGCCUGGACGGCACCAGAGAAGGCAAUACAGAGGUUCGGAUAUGACGCUGAGCGGGCCUAUUGGGAGGAAAUCAUGUGGGUGGCUUGUAAUCUUCAGGAGAAGAUUCAGUCGUGGAGUGAGGAUGAGAAGGUCUGUGAGAGGGUUCAAAAAUACUGGAAAGCGGUUUUUGAUAAUACAUAUACUAUAAACUAGAACAUUAUAGGAAGUACACUCAAUCUAUAUCACUAAUGUUUUGAUUGAAUCACUUUUUGAUCCCCUUCUCGCGCAGCCGCUGUUCAUCCUCCUCCUGCAGCUGCUUGUCAAUCUGGGCGCCUUUCGAGGGGGUAUUGCCGUGUAUUUUAGCCUGACAUUAGCUUAGUAGACAGCAUAUGUAUUAAGGGAAAGGGAGAGAGAGGUACAGGAAGGGUAGGAUCCCGCUUGGUGAUCUCUGCCUCGGCAUUGAAAUCCUGGUGCUGGCGU